AUGAAGAUAGUACUCCUAGCAUUAGUAAUAUGCACCGUACUCUUACUCCAACCUACAUCAGCAGUCUACAAUUUAAGACGUAAUAUGAAGAGUUACCGUUCGAUUAAGGACAAACUAAACAAAGAUGUCUCUACAACUGAAAAAGUUGUCGAUCAACAGUCAAAAGAUGGAAUUGGCUUAGAGGAGAGAUCACUUGCCGGAAGUUACCAAAGUAACUCUCGAGGAAGUGGGAAGAAUAACUAUAACUUUCAGCCAAAGAACACCCCCUAUUCAAGCCAAGAUUCAGACUACAACUCAUAUUCAGGAUAUGAUGAUUCCUCUGCUGACACCUCGUACCAAGGCUCCUCUAAUUCCGGUUAUAACAGUAAUACUUCUCAGGAUAGCUACUCCAACGACUCAAAUAAUUCCCAACUUCAGAGCAGUCAAAACAACCAGGAUUUCUCUAGCCAAGACUCUUCUAGAAAGAGCGAAAAUGGACGAUCUUUGGAGAUGAUCUCUGAAGAGUUGGAAUACCAAAAACCAGUUGACAAGUAUUCUGGAACUGACAACAUGAUGUUCUUUGAUGAUUGGAGCCCUCACAAAGACCGCGCUGAUCGUACUUAUUACUAUCAAAAGUCAACAACAAUUGGGUUCGACCCCUCUGACUUAGGAAUUCAUGGUAUUUACAUUAAUGAAGCUGACUUCAAAGAUGUCGUUUAAACCUAAGGAAUAACUAAUUGUUAGCCCUAAGAGCAACAACUAGCUGUUAAAAUCAAAAUUUAUCAAUUACAC